GCACUGAUGACAUUCUCAUUGCUGUCCACAUAAGACGCGGGGAUCUACUCGAUCGUCAGCAACACCGUAUGACUCGCAACCACUUCUUCGCGAAAACCGUUGCGCAUCUACUCACCCAACUUGCGCCUGAUAGCUCAGCUCAGGUCGUUGUUGUUAGUGAGAGCUGGCGAGAAGGCGAUCACGAGU